UUUUUUAAUGCCAUAGUCCUGGAGUCCAAGCGCUGAAGGCUGCACCAGUCCUGCAUUUUGUCAGAGGCAGCAGCAAGGACCAGCAGCAAUGGAUGACGUAUAUAAAGCAGCCGUUGAAAACUUGACGGAGGAGCAAAAGAAUGAAUUCAAAGCUGCCUUCGACAUCUUCAUCCAAGAUGCAGAGGAUGGCUGCAUCAGCACCAAGGAGUUGGGGAAGGUGAUGAGGAUGCUGGGGCAAAAUCCCACCCCUGAAGAACUGCAGGAGAUGAUUGAUGAGGUGGAUGAAGAUGGCAGUGGUACAGUGGAUUUUGAUGAGUUCUUGGUGAUGAUGGUCCGCUGCAUGAAGGAGGAGAGCAAAGGAAAAUCAGAAGAGGAGUUGGCAGAACUUUUCCGCAUGUUUGAUAAGAAUGGAGAUGGCUACAUAGACCUGGAGGAGCUGAAGUCCAUGCUGGAGUCCACUGGAGAAUCCAUCACUGAAGACGACAUCGAGGAGCUGAUGAAAGAUGGAGACAAAAACAAUGACGGCAAAAUAGAUUAUGACGAGUUCCUGGAGUUCAUGAAAGGUGUGGAGUAAAGGCUUGUGAUGGAGGCCACACAAAUACUGAAUGACCGUCUUCAGCCUGCUGCAUUAAGUCCUUAAAAUACUGUAUGCCUCUGCCAUGCAUAUCUCCAACAGGCACCCAAACUCCCACUCAUGUUUUCUUAACACAACCACAGCAAGGAUCCAAUAUUUGACAAAUUCACAAUCCGUGAACACAAUUUUUAAAUAAUUUUCUGAACUCUUUGUGUAAUGGAAUUGUAGCCCUGCUACAAAAGGUGCGAUUAAAGGGUUCCCAAACAUCUCAUCAACAUUCAUGAAAUGACUGUGUAGCUUGCACUAAUUACCGUAAAUACAGUCUCAUCCGAAA